AUGUUUCGCUCUCUACUCAAUCUACUUGCAAUAGGUCUGAUCGUCGGUUUUCAACAUCAGAUUCAUGCUCAGCCUCUUCACGACUCAAUGCAGGUUCAAUCCCCAACACCAUUAGAUGCAAAAACAAAUGAAAUCAAACCGCUAUUUCGCCUGGGAUAUUUCAUGAGAUUACCAUUUCUUAGACUAAUUCCAAGUCAUCGUUAA